CGCUCGGGUCGCACACCGGUGCUCGGCGCGUGGGCUGCACGGUGACCUGCUGGGCAGCGAGGCCGAGUAGUGAGCUGUGCGAGGUCGAAUCCCGCGCUGUCUGGACUCCCUGCGCGCCCGUGGGAGAGGCUGUGCACUCUCGGAGUUUUUGUGUCUCCGUUUUUUUCUUUCUUUCAAAAUGAAUGUUAAUGUCACAUUAAGACCUUUAGCCAGGUUUCUGGUGCCAUUUACCCUUCAUGGAAAGAGAAAUAAUUUAUAUUCAUCGGUUUUACAUAGAUGCAUGUCUUCCAAAAUACCAGCUAUGCCCCUUCCUAAUAAGGAGAGCACAUCCACUUCUCAACAGCUAGAACUGGAUGGAUGGAAAACUACAAUGAAAUCUAGUGUGCAAGAAAGUAUUUCAACAGGCUUGAGGGACAAGGAUGAAGAUCCUCUAGUUGCCACCAGAGAGUUAAUUGAGAUGUGGAGAUUGCUUGGCAAGGAAGUACCAGAACACAUCACUGAAGAAGAGCUUAAAAUCAUUAUGGAAUCUCCUUCUAAAUCAUCAAAAAAGAAAUAUUUAAAGCAUUUAUAUGUUAAGGAAAAAAUGAAAAAAGCCAAGCAAAGAAAAAAGGAAAUGAAAGCAGCAGCAAGGGAAGAAGCAAUGAAAGUCAAGCUGCUGGAAACCCCUGAGGAAGAUAAGCAGCAGAACUUCCUGUUCCUACGACUUUGGGAUAGAAAUAUGAACAUUGCCAUGGACUGGAAAGGUGCUCAGGCCAUGCAGUUUGGACAGCCUUUAGUGUUUGACAUGAUGUAUGAUGAUUACAUGAAACCAAAAGAACUACAGAAUGCUGUUUCUCAACUCUUGGAGAGUGAAGGUUGUAACAGAAGAAAUAUUGAUCCUUUCCAUAUUUAUUUUUGUAACCUUAAAACAAAUGGUGCUUAUCAUACAGAGUUAGUGAAACGUUAUAGAGAAAAAUGGGACAAAUUGCUUUUAACAGCAACAGAAAAGUCUUAUGUUGAUUUAUUCCCAAAGGAUGAUAUUAUAUAUUUAACUGCAGAUUCUCCAAAUGUUAUGACUACUUUCAAGCAUGACAAAAUUUAUAUAAUUGGCUCAUUCGUUGAUAAGGGUAUACAACCUGGAAUAUCCCUAGCCAAGGCAAAACGAUUUAAGUUGGCAACAGAAAGCCUUCCAUUAGAUAAAUAUUUGCAGUGGGACAUUGGUACCAAAAAUCUUACCUUGGAUCAAAUGAUGCGUAUUUUGUUAUGUCUGAAAAACACUGGUAAUUGGGAAGAGGCGCUAAAGUUUGUUCCUAGGAGAAAACAUGCUGGAUUUCUGGAGAUUUCUCAGCAAUCUCAAGAGUUCAUUGAAAACCUGAAGAAAGCAAAGACUUUUAAAUCAUUUCCCAAAAGCUCUUUAAAUGUCCUUACACGGAAGAGACAGCUUAAAUGA